AUGAGGGGCUUGCCAUCAGCUCUGGUGGCUGAACUCCGCUAUGCCUUCCAAUCCUGCUCCCGGCAAUAUGCUGCCUCGAGAAGGACUCAAUUCAGCACUUUGCACCAAAGGCUAAAAAAAUCACAGCAUCGAAAGAGCGAAAGUGUUCCAAUUCAAGUUGUUCACAGUCAACUGCAGGCUCAGAAAACAAACCUUGCUCGACCGUUGAUACCUCCAGCGCCGCGCGCAUCAGAAAACAAGCAACUUAUACCUCAGGAAGAGCAAGAAAAGUCGCUCGACGCAGGCCGCGAUGUUGAGGUUCCCUUCAAGGUUAUUCCAAAGGCUGAGAUCGCUCCAAACUUGACCCUGUCACCUAAAGAACGGCUCCAUAUCGAACAGUUGACGAGGAGAUUACCCCCUCGACCUGAACCAAAGGUGUAUAAGAAGAGAUUGCGCAUAUACACUGCCGGCAAUGGGAGGAUAUAUAUGCUCACAUUCCUUCGCUUCACCACGAUUGCGGCCCUGACUUUUGUCACCGUCAUAGUGGCUCCGGCGCACUGGGUUAGUGGGAGCUCAUUAUGGACUGUAGCUGGCAUAUGGUUUGCGGGCCUCUUGCCCUUCAUCUUUGUGAACUGGACGCUGAGACCAAUGGUGACGGAGAUCUUCCUUCGGCUUCCAGCGUCUGCUCAGACGUCCCCCAAAGUAGCGAUGGCUUAUGCGAAAAGCCUGCCAGGAGAUGCCACACUGGAUCUGAGAUUUAUGCGGUCAUUCACCAUCACUGAUGUGGUGACAUUGAGAAUCGCCGACACGAGACCGAUCAAAAGCCUCCUUCGGCCUGUUAGCUUUGCGUGGAUUGGACCGAUGGUGCAGCGUGGCAACUUUCUGAGACCGAAUCCGACUCAAUUCUAUGUACGGCCUGAAUCGGCGGGAGGACGAGCAGCAAGAGAUGUCAUUCCGGGGAUCUGGAGCAAAGUGUACGAACGACUUACUGGGGUUGAAAGCAAUGCCGUAUCCAAAUGGCGGCGAUGA